AUGAUGCCCAACGGUCAUGCCGAAGGCGGCCCGGCCCAGAUCACCAGGAAAGGCCAGGAAGCUUCUAGGAAGGCCAAGGCCCUUGAUCAGUGGAAGGAGCUUCUCUGGCUCCUCGGCGAGUCCGCCGACCUUUACCGGAGCCUUCAGGAAGCUAAAUACUCGCAACAGCUACUCAUGCAAAGCAUCAGUCCCUUCACAGCCGGGACCCUCGAGACCUAUCUAGCCUCCUGCCGUCAGUUCAUGGAGUACAUAGUGCUGAACAGCCUGGAUAUCUGUUCUAUCUCAGUCGCUAGCCUGGGAGACCUUCUCUGGGCGUGCCAAUCAAGCCUGGAAGAAGAUCGCGAGCGCACAGAAGCGAUAUACGGGAACCGUAAUUGCCCGGACUUCAUUCUGCCUACUCUGCAUAACAUCGGGGGUUUCCCGGGCAAGCCGGCCACAGCGUACCACCAGCCUAUGUCCUACAGUCAAGCACUCGGGAGCCUCAGAUACUUCACAACAGGCCGACAUCUGGGAGGCUCCUCACCAGAUUUACUCACUCCCGAGGAGGCCUCUGCCUUUACCAUGCACAGCCUCAAGGUCUGCCUCCUCAGCGCCGGGGCUCAGCUACAAGCAGCAGAUAAGAUACGUCAACAGCAGGGACAUCAUAAGAGCCCUAGCGUGCAGCUGUACGGCAGAGACGAUACCCUCGGCGCACUAGCCCUGCAAACCGAGGUUACCUCAGCCUGCGCAGCGGGUUGGCGGCCUACCCGGCCCAUAGCCAGGGGCGGCCAGCACCCGACCAUCGAGCCGCCUUUCCAGGUCCACUCCGGUCUGCCGCCGGCGACCUUCCAGCUUUCGGCUCUGGGCCAGGGAUUGAGCCGGUUCAUCUAUGCCCGAGAAGUCGAAGUCGAGGCGACCCUCGACGACACGCAGCUCGCCUCCCCGGACGCUACUUUGCCGCAAGGUCCGCCAUCAUCUGCCCUGGAUUCCCAGCACGAGGCAGAUGACCAGACUCUGCCGCCAACAAUUCCUGCCGACGACAUUGAGGCCCUUCUAGUGGAGAGUUUCGCGUCAGCCAGGGACGAAUCCUCAGAUUCCGAGGACCCCGGCCGCCAGCCAGUGCUACACGAAAUCAAGCUUUUCCAGAAUGGGCCAUGGGGCUCCAUACAUGCACAGCAACUUGGAGCGGACAAGGCGGCAUGUGGCACUCUACGUUCUACGGCAGCCUUCUCUCCGUCAGCUCCCAAUGUAGCCUUCUUCUGCCGCAGAGCGGCCUGCAGACGCCUCUUGGACGCCUUGCCAUAG